ACUUUCUCUUUAUAUUCGUUAAUACAUGUAUUUCAAAAAGUUGUCUUUAACCCUUUGGAACAUGGAGAAGUGAGAUUCUAAAGAUAACUUGGAUAAGCAAAAAAAACAUCUUACCAACAACAAAUGUAUCACCUCCUAAAAAGUAAAAAAAAAAAAGAAGAUGGAGCUGAGUAAACCGGUCCUGACCGGUCCAAAGAUUCUAAUUAAUAGUUCACGGUUGGACCGACUCGGUUUGUUUAAGCUGGCGUGUAGAGAAUACGCAGGCGGUGGACUCUUUCUCGCCGAACAACAACAGAGGAAGAAAGCAAAACAGAGUCUCUAAACCCUAUCGUUGUGGGUUUCUCGUGCUCUUCUUCUUCCUACUAAGAAAAAUGGCUGAUUCAGCGCAUGAGACAGAGAUCAGAUGCCAUCAUUGCGCAGGCCCUCUCACGAAAAACUUGGAAACCAGUGAAUGGACUGUCUCUCCCUUCAUCAGGGAUAGCUUUUCUAUGAUUGGAUCAGCUGUUGGUGGUACUGCAAGUGCAUUCAUUGGAUUUAACCAUGUUAUGCCAAUUGUACGCAAGUGGAUAAAAGGACCCAUGUGGUUACACUUUCUUGUUGGGGCACCGCCUGUUAUAGUUGUUUCAUCGGCCUGUGCUGGACUAGCAGGUGGCACCGUACCAGCACUGGCACAGCUUGCGUCCUCUUCAUAUCAAGCAGCAGUCCGUUCGUCUCAGCCACCAAAGGCACAAGAGAAUAACAAAAUGCAAAAGUCUACAACAUCUCCUCUGUAAAACACACAGCAUAGCUUUUUCCCUUUUGUUCAUUUUCUUUUCUCUCCAUCUUUUUUUCUGUCAGCCUUUCUCCAUCUUGUAUGUCAAGAAGUGAGGUUCUUGGUGUAAAUACUUCUACUUAAAACUCACUAGUUCUAAAGAAAGCUUAAGUCGUGCCAAGGGCUUUAUUGUUUUGGUGUUUCAGACUCUAUUCCAUGUCCAUGGAUCAUUCUCAUCACUCAAUAUAAAGAAAGCUCAACUUAGGAUCA